AUGCAGUCCCCAGCAGUGCUCGUCACCUCCAGGCGAGUUCAGAAUGUCCACACGGGCCUGGACCUGAGCGUGCCGCAGCACCAGGAGGUGCGGGGCAAGAUGAUGUCAGGGCACGUGGAGUACCAGAUCCUGGUGGUCACCCGGCUGGCUGCGUUCAAGUCGGCCAAGCACAGGCCCGAGGACGUCGUCCAGUUCUUGGUCUCCAAAAAGUACAGUGACAUUGAGGAGUUUUACCAGAAACUCAGCAGUCGUUACCCAACGGCCAGCCUGCCCCCGCUCCCCAGGAAGGUCCUGUUUGUUGGGGAGGGUGACAUCCGGGAGCGGAGGGCCCUGUUCGACGAGAUUCUGCGCUGUGUCUCCAAGGAUGCCGAGCUGGCAGGCAGCCCCGAGCUGCUGGAAUUCUUAGGCACCAGGUCCCCCGGGGCCGCGGAUCUCAGUGGCAGAGAUGUCUCGGUUCUAGACGCAGACAGCCAAGCAGGGGACGAGGAUGCUUUGGACUUCUUCCAGCAGCAGGACCGAGUGGAAGAUGAGGGUCUCCCCACGCUGGGCCAGCAGGAUGGGGAUGCAGGGAAAUCCUCGGAGGAGGAGGAGGAGGCCCUGGACCCUCUGGGCAUCAUGCGCUCCAAGAAGCCCAAGAAACGUCCCGCAGUGGCUGUGAAGCCCAAAGCCGCGCCCCGGCUCACCAUCUUUGAUGAGGAGGUCGACCCUGACGAGGGGCUCUUCGGCUCGGGCGGGAAGCCCUCUCCCCGGGGCCACGCAGAGGACUCACCCCCCGGGGACCCCCUGAAGCUGUUUGAUGAUCCUGACCUCGGUGGAGCUGUCCCCCUGGGUGACCCCUUACUGCUGGCAGCUGCCUCCCAGAGUGGAGGAGCCACACCCCAUGAAGGCCACAGGGAGGCCUCCGAGGAACUGUUCAGAGUCGAAGAGGACUUGGACCAGAUUCUGAACCUGGGGGCUGAGCCCAAACCCCAGCCCAAGCCCCGGCCCAAGCCCAAGCCUCCAGUGGCCGCCAAGCCAGCGCUGCCCAGAAAGCCGGCUGUGCCUCCCAGAGCGGGUCCACCUGAGGCUGCGGCCACGCAGCAGCGGAAGCAGCAGCAGCAGAUCCAAGCCAUGGAUGAGAUGGACAUCUUGCAGUAUAUCCGGGACCACGAUGCGCCUGGCCAGGCUGCCCCCAGCCUCUUCUGA